AUGAAGCUACAAAAUACUAACAAGAUAUCGUCUUUAUUGAUUUUAGCGAACCGGCCUUUGACAAUCGAGGAGCUGAGGGAUUCAAUAUCUUCCGAGUUGGAGGGCAACCCACCCCUGUGGAUCACCAGGAGACCAGGCAGAUACGGCGUGGACGUUUACAUUAACAACGCAAUGAUCCUCUUGGAGCAGAGCAAUUUCCAGUCGAAAUUGAAAGUUAACGGCGACACCAUGACUCAGGUCUUGCACAUCAUAAACGAAGUGCUGGAGCCUGUCCGAUCCAACUCGGUGGAAUCACCGGUCUACAAUCCAAACGCUUUUCAAUUUCUGAACCAGAGCGAAAAUCUCAAUUUGGGCGACCAUCGCGUACGUACCUUCCGACAGCAGAUCGUCAUCGAGAAGAAGGAAUCUAUCUACAAGGCUGAAGGUCGUUUUACUUUCUUCAUUCCCGUUGACGAGGGUUUCAAGCCGGUGCCGAGGCCACGAUUGAUUGAUAGGCUGGUGAUCGACGGGCACGUGAUACCCUACGAAGUCCUCUUCACCGCACCGACGCCAGACAAUGUGCAGUAUCCAACCCUCGUAUUCUCCGACAAUCUGAAAGUCGUCAUCAGCUUUUCGAAGUCGCAAAAUAAAGUCUACGUUCAAUCGAACACACUGGUAGGCGAUGCGACUCACACGGACGGAGUGGUGCUGGCGGAAAUAGUGAAGGGGAACAUUCCGGUGCGCAACGGCGUCGUUCAUCUGAUAGCACGACCGCUCAUGGUCGUCGACAACACCGUGCGAGGUUUCCUAGAGUCCUUCAAGGGCAUCGAAAAGGAGGAUGGACCAGUGUACAAGUUUUACGAGACCAUCCGCGAUUUCGGGGACGACAUUAUGUCAACCAUCACUCAUCUGCAUGACGUUACCCUCUUCGCUCCCAGCAACGAAGCGCUGAACGAGCCGAACGUGAAGCAGAUGCUGCAGGACAAGAACCGCAUGAAGGAAAUCCUCAAACUUCACUACGUCAAAGAGCGACUAACCCUCGACAAGAUCAAGGACAAGAGCGUCAGCCAAAAAGCAAGAGACUUCGUCGGGAAGUCACAAGUCGGGGUGGCGACCGCCGCUGAGAAGAAGAAGCUCUACUUCAACGUGGUGCAAGGACCGAUGGAGAAUCAGACCGUCACCGUGGAAGGCGGUGGCGUGAACGCCACCAUCAUCACCGCCAACAUCGCCGCCACCAACGGGAUUAUCCACAUAAUCGACAGGCUUCUCGGGGUGCCCUACACCACCGUGCUCGACAAACUCAGGACUGAUCCGAUGCUCAACUCGACCUAUUCGCUGGGUCAGCGACGUGGAUUCAAUGAUCAGUUGAACGAUACGAAGAAGCGAUUCACGUACUUCGCCCCGUACGAUUACGCCUGGAAAGACGCAGCGAAUAACUAUCCAUCAACUACUAAGAAGCUCUUCAUGCCCGAGUUCAGUUAUCACACGAAGCAGAUAUUGGAGCGACAUCUCAUAAUAGCGGAUCAGGCGUACACGAUGGCGAAGCUGAAAGAGAUGAGCAACGACACCCUCAACCUCCCAGCGGCCAGGGACACUUUAAAGCUUCGUAUCAAGGAGCACAGCGAAAAUGAGAGGUACGACGAAAACGCAAUCCGUCCAGAAACAUCCGGCUACCAAGUGGAAUGGGAGGGCAAGAAGAUCCGCGUCAUCCGUCCGGACGUCGAGUGCACCAACGGUAUCAUCCACGUGAUCGGCUCUGUGUUCCUCAAGGAUAGCGACGUCCGAGUGACGGGUGGCGCGUCGCUGGCUACCCUGGCGCCCCAUCUAAUCAUGAUACUGAUAGCCAAGUGGCACCUGUAAAAGCCCUCAUCGCGUCGCAUCGUCUCGUAUCUGCGGCAGGUGCGUCUAUAGGAAUUCUCCUUGGGGGCCGUCUCCUAUCGUCCUCGAGCGGCGGCGACAACGACGACGCAACGCGGGUAGGCAUGGUCGAUCGACCCGUUCGAUCGGACUCUCCGAAAGGACAUUUAUUGUGCACGGGGAAAUGAAGGGGGAAAGGGGAGGGCGGGGAAAACUUGAGAAUCCGAAGAUCCGGUGGUGACCGAGAAUCCGCGAGAUCAGAGAUCCAUGGGACUUAAACGAUCCGAGGAUCGACGGGGAUUCGCGGGAUCCGGAGAUCCAAGGAUUCGUUCACGUACGUGGCUCUAAGAUCGCCAAUCUGUAGACGUGAAAGGGAGAAGGGGGGGGGGGGACGAGAGGAAGAAGGGCAGGAAGAAAAGUGUCCGAUCGGUUACUUUAUAACGAUCGUACGAAGGCACGAAGGAAGCUCUCGCCGAGGGAACGACGCGAGGACGACCGAGCACUCACGAUCGCACGGCCUCAGAAUGCCAGGAUAGCCUAUUAUUUAUUGAGUAAUCGUCCGUGGACGUAGCGGGGACAAUUUUACGGGUUAGAAGCGUUAAUCGUACCAAAUAAAUGGUUAAUCUCGUACCAAGUAAUCUAAAUAAAUUUAUUGAGAGAUGGAAGAGUGUGAAGAGAGGCGGAGGAGAGGUAGAGAGAUUUCGAGGAACCUACUUCGAGUAUUAAGGCAACGAUGAAAUUGCAUCUCGUGAGAUCACGCGACUGUCAGCGAGCGACGCAAAUAUGCAAAUAAAAUCGCGCUUUAAUCGAUCGUUCUUUCCAUUAUUAUCUAAGCAAUCGUAUUGGCAAGAAAUUAUUUGAUUUUGUGUCUCAACCAAGAAAAAAAUUGUGACUUUACAGUUGAAUAAGAUGAUCGAUAAUGCAUUUAAUUGCAUAUCUCACGCGCCGUUCUGUAGAAUUAAUAGGAACUUAAUGACGUAUCAAAACGUUUUCACACGACCCUUAGAACAAGACUUCGCCAUUCCCUCGCGGAAUUGUACGAUUUUAUAUACGACAAGUACGAUUUUAUACAAUCGUAAACAUUAAGUCCAAAAUCCUUUCCCUCCAAAGCGACGACGGUAAUAAAACUAGACGCAAUCACCUGUUGCAAUUAACGACAGUAAUAACGUCGAGACGCAAUAUCGAUCACUUCAAAUGAGUAAGCAUUUUCGGGAUAAAGGAAUCCAUCCCGAAUCUUACCAUCUCGAAAUUCAUCGAUUUCAAAGUCCUGUGUAUUCUUUUUCGCAUCCAUGGAUCCUCUCAGAGAAUAGGACAGUCGGAUUUUUAUCAAAUCUCAGGACUCCUGUAGAUCCUUAAAUCCCUAUGUGAAUUUUCGCUUCUUCGACUUUUCGAGCGGGAUCCACGGAUCCUCGAACUCCUAAUAGACAAGAAGUCUGUUCUUUUGAGCUGAACAUUUCUUGCACAGUUCAUCUUUCUUCUUUUUCUCUCUACGUUGAAUAAAAAAAAAAGAGAAAAUAAGAUGAACGUGCAAGAGGUUCAGUUCAGAAAGUACAGGCCUCAUACUUUUGAGUUAGAGAUCCUUAAGUAAGAGCCUGGUUAUUCGAAACAAAUAUGGCAAUAUUUGACUCUGUAUUGCAGAGUAUAUAAGCUUUUAUAAGCUCUAUGUGAUUCAACCUAUAGCCGGAGGCGUUACGAGGCACUAAACAGGUACGCUCCAGCAUACGGCGCAAAAUUUUAAUAGGCAGCGUUACUCUUGUAAAUAUAAAGCUCUACCUUGAUAUUUUAAAUGAAUUAGCUAAAAGUGAUUUUCUGGAAAUCUUUUCAAAUUUAGCAAUAAUGUUAUAGAUUUUAUUAACUGUGCCAAUAUCUAUGACAAUUGCAGAGGCAUCUUUUUCGAAAUUAAAAAUAAUAAAGAAUUAUCUGAGAAAUACAACGACACAGACGCGGUCACGCGAUUUAGCUACGAUAUCAAUUGAAAAAAAAUUGGCGAACAGUCUUAAUUACGUCGUAACGUCUCUGUCUUUAGCUCUGCCAUAACUCAUAUAGAUCGACCAUGAUCUCCCUAAAUCUUAAGGAACAAAAAUAAUUAAAACCACUUAAACAAACUAUACUUAAUGAUUCACAUGAAAUUAAUUUUGGAAAAGAAGAUAGAAUUAGGAAGAUUAUAGAAAAUUUUCUGAGACUCCAAGAUGGCUAGUGUGAAAAAUUUAAGCUUUUCCAGUUCGAAGAUCGAUUAAAAAUUUUAAUAGAAAAAGUAAAUUAAUAAAUUAAAUACGUGUGAUUUAUCUGCAAGUAAUUAAUGUAAAAAAUAUAAUUAAUAUAACAAUUCCAAUAAAUCCAUCCUCCUCCUUUCACGAGUUCAAAAGUAUCAACUUUAAUUUGAUCCCUCCUCAAAUAAAAUUCUUAUAUAUACAACGCUGCCGUAUUUGUCUCAACUGUAAACAGACUGCUGAGUGCCCAAAGACUUUUAUUUGAUGCUCUCUACUUCAGGUCUUCGUAGAUUCACAGUCGAUCGGUCGAUCUAAUAAUCAUUGUCGUCAGUUAGCGUCGUUGUAUCAAUUCGCGGCAGUCUUGUGAUGAAAUCGGAUCGAGCACCGACACAAACAGACGCGUAAAAACACGUCAACGUCAUCACGGUAUGGCGAUACGGCGAACGUAUCCCGGGGUGCGAGCGCAUAGCGACGCGAACGGGGUGAACGUUCAGCCCCCUGUUCCUUCCCCUGUUAAACCUCGUCGUUCCCUUUAGGACACCGUGUUUUCGAGCCUUUCGUUGUCACGGAAGGAUUAUAACGGCCACCGCGGCCGCUCAGGGACGGCCCCGAACGAUACCCCGCUAUGUAUCAUAUCGUAUUUACGCUGUCUACUUACCGAGAAUACUGCCAUGCACGCAGGCUUGCGGACGAGCUUGCAAACGAGUUUUUGUACGAUAAUUAUUAACGGAGGGAGAGCGAAAGGUAGAAAAAGAGGAAAGAGUAAAAGCGAGGACGCUCUAUCUUGAAACCGGCGAUCCCUAAAAAAAAAAUAAAAAAUAAAAAACAAGUGCGUUAAGCUAUUACACGAAUUUAGAAGCGCGAGGAAAUAAAGUAUCUUGACUUAGGAUGCGCAGGGAAAGAAAAGUUUGGCACUCUUAGCUUCUAUUAGUUUGCAAAUUUACAACAGAAAGCAAUAUCCUCUUAAUUUUCUCGUAUUAUCUAGGAUACGGUAACUUGUUAAAAGAGGAAACUGACAGGAAUUCAUUCUGUGGAGUGAAGGGAAAAAGAGAGUUUGCUGCACAACGUAUCUUAAAUACCUGUUAAAGAAUUAAAUUAAGAAAGGUCGCUGAAUUAAUUCCCAACAAAGAAAUUCGUCCGCAGAAGGAAUUCCUAUCUCCUUUGGUUCGCUUAUUUUUUUACGGGAACGGAAAGACAUUCCGUGACCAUAUCUACUCUAAGUGCACGGCACGCGCUAUCGUUCUUGUAAUAACUACAUCCCGAUGAACUUUCUUUUCCCUCCACGCUCAUCGCAUUGUUACAGGCACACGUACAGGCACAUGCAUAUAUACACGCACACCUUGCCCGUCGAGUAGCGAACUUACCAUUAAGAUCUUAGCUGUAUGCGAGCAAUAGCGACGGCCCAUCUUACUCGUAGAAGGGAAGUCCGAAAGACGCGGCUAAAAGGAAACUGGUAUAAGUUUAUAAUGAGAUCGAUUAGACGCAUUCAGUGCGCACUGAUGCACAUUAAAACUGUUGUAUACAGAUUAACGUAAAAAUACGUGUUUAACUCUGGAAUAUACACCAUAAGUUUUCCAGACCCAAACGAAAUUUUACUUGCUUCGAAGAAAAGAAAAAGAAGAUUUCUCUUUUAUAAUGUAAUAUAAAACUUUCGAGCAUUACGAUCUAUGCAGGUAUAUUCCUAAAUCUCAGAGAGCUUUAAAAUAAAAAAGAAAGAAAGGUAUUAAUCAAAAAUCUAAAUCAAAGUUACAUCCUAUUAAGGUUACAGUAGAUUUGGAAGAUAUAUUGUAAUUUUGACAGGUGUGUUUUCAAAAUAUUUUGGAAGGUGUGUGUUCUAGGGUUAAUAUAAAUAUAGAAACGAGUUAAACCGCGAAAUCAUCAAUAAACUUUAUUGUGCUGUUAGAUAAAAUAUGUAUUUUAUAAUUCGAAAUUUUUGCAUUUCACUUUUAUACUCGAAUUAAAUCAGUACAUAACAGCUUUAAUGUACAUCAACGCACACCAGUGCGUCCGAAUUUAGAACCGAUAAUCAAAUGAGAUCCGAAAGGUGGGAAUUAAUUCUUUCGUUGACCAAAAGUCGAAAAAAAAAGGGCAAGUUAGCACUUCUCCGAGCUUCUCUUUCAAUGAUCGUGAUAUAUAUUGAAAAUCUUUGAUACAUGCAAAUAUAUUUCUCAGAUACGUACCGUUUUAAACGCAUCGCGAGAGGAUUUUGACUAUAGAUUAUUGAAUUUUUAAAUAUCCGCAUAUCUUGGAAGCGAUCCGAGAUCCAAAGAGACGCGGAGAAGAAGCAGAACUUUAUUCGUUAAUUAAUCGGAUGUUCCCUUAGUGAGAGUAUUCUCGCACAAGCUUAUCUAUCGAGGAAAUGAAUAUUAAAGGAUAAUGAAUAUUAAAGGACAAACGGAGCUUUCCAUUUAGCCUUCGUCUUCGCUAAGGUAAAAUCGAUUUCACAUUCUCUCACGAAUAAAGUCCUGCUGCAAGCGCUACGCUUGCUUGUAGUGCAAACGAAUUAAAAUAAUAUAAAAAGAAAAAAAGAAAAGCGAAUACUCGACACGUUCGGAGCUCGAAGGGGGUGAUAAAGCCUCGAAAUUUCGUGUCCUCCUUGGGGAUGAACCUGAAGUAAAUGCAGUAAGAGAAGCGCAAGAUGGUUCACGUUCAACUGAUAAAACGCCGAAACCUAAAUGAAAGACAAUUGACUGAUCGGAUCGUCGUUAAAGUUUCGCAACACGGUCCGAUAAUUUGUUUGCAUUAGUCACGUAUAAAAAGAAAUAAAAAGAUUGUAAUUAGCGGGCGCGUAAUCGGAGCAGCCACAACUUUCUCCGCGAGAACUUGAUUUAACAAGAAAAAAAAAACGUCGAUGUUAUACGUGUUGAUAUCAGUCUAUACAUAUAUAUAAAACAAAUAAAGAUAUAUAUAAUAAACAGAGAUAUAUAUUAAUGAGGAAGAAAGUAUCGAUCGAAGAAGAACGAGUCGAGGGGAAAAAAGACGGGAAGGUAGAUAAAAAGAAGAGAAUAAAAGAUUGAAAGAGAAAAGAAACAAAAUACUAUCAGAUGAUAACUUAAACUUGUUGUUGGGAUGAAUUGAUAUUACGAAUUAUUAUUAUUAUUAUUACAAUUAUUACCUAUAUAAAAUAUACAUAAACUCUAAUUAAUACUGUUUGCUCGUUAGAUGAACUAAGAAAAAAGAAAAAAAAUAGCGAAACUCUAUUUCUCCGUGUAGAUGUGUCUUAAUGUUCAGCUUGUUCGGCAGCCACGCAGUCGACACUAAGUGAGCUGGGUUCGGGGCUGCCAUAAAUCGAUGGGGGAUGAUUCGAGUCGGGAGACAAGA